GCCGCGGCGGGCGGCGCCGGGGCCGGGGCCUGGGGCGCGGCGCCGGGGCCGCUCGUCGGGUCGGGGCCUGGGCAGCCCUCGAGGCCCCGCGGGAGACCCGACGAACAUGUCGGACGUGUGGGCGCCGCUCCCGCAGAGCUGGAUCGACUCGGGCUUCUCGGAGCAGGCGUGCAGCUACGCGUACGACGACCAGACGUGGUGCGCACGGGACAAUGACAACUACCUGGUCUUGUGCUGCACACCAGAGGGGAUGCCGAGGCAGAUCGCUCUGGCAGUGCAGUGCUGCGACACGUGCAGGACCUACGAUCGAGGGCUGGACCAGUGCGGCGGCUUCGACGUGAGGACUGACGUCUGGAGCUCCUGGUGCGGGCAGUGGGCCGACAGCAGCCUCGUGGACUUCAGCUUUCAGAGCGACGGUGCCGGAUACCGUGGCUUGAUGUGGAAGUGCAAAGACGGGACCAUUUGAAAUGGUUGCCGGACGGAGUCGUCUGCGUUCUGUCCGUACAGUUGCGCUGCCGCUCGAGUCCGCCACGGCGCCCGAGGGCCGGCGCCACGGGGGUGUGCGGAGAAGGGGGCCCUGCGGGUGCAGUUCUGCGGGCCCCCCCUUCCGGAUCCACGAUGCGUUCGGCGGAGGGUCGUGAUGUAUCGAAGGAUCGAGGCUCAGGGAUCUGGUGCAACACGUUGGUGCACGUUUGGCCAGAUGCGUCGGUGUUCGAAUUAUUGUUCCGCAAGGGGCGAAAACGAGGACCAGGCAGAGUUCCCCUCGCAUGCCAGCCGCUGAAAGCGUGGUUGGAAUGUGUUCGCCAUCAGCGUCUGUCCUACUACAUCUGCAUACACACUGCAGUUGCUCGGCGUGUGUUUCAUCCGGUCGUGUCCAUGUGAGCGCCAGGCAGACUGGCAGGGUGGCGGCCUCAAAGGAAUGCGCUCCCACGCACGUGAACAUCGUCCUCAUCUGCUCCCCCCCCCCGCGCAGCACGUCUGAUACUCCACAUGACUGGAUGCUGCC